GGAGAUCCUACUUUUCUUAUAAAUGAAAAAAUGUAGGUUGAAUUGGGAAAGCCAUGCGAAGGUUUCUCUGCAAAGAAGCACGAAAAUUCGAGAAGCCUUAUGGUCCCUUUGCAUUUCCUUCAUCCUUUGCAUAUAGAACUAGUUUGAAUCACAUCCAUAGUAGCAUUGGAAGCAAUAGUUUCAGUUGGAUGAAUAUCACAGGGGCUAAGGCCCAUGCCAAAGGUGGAACCAAUUCUGAGUUGACAUUACUUGAAGCCUCUCGAAUGUUAGCUUCUGGUAUUAAACCAAAUGCCUUUGUUCUUGUUCACCUCGUUUGUUCUGCCACUGACAUGGGCCAUUACUCAUUGGGGCAACAGUUUCACGGUUAUGUUUUACGUUUCGGGUAUUGUUCACAUAACUAUGUUUCUGCCUCCCUUAUCAGAUUUUAUGUUAGAAUGCACUCACUUAGUGAUGCCCACACAUUGUUUGUUGAAAAUCCUCAUCCGAAUGUAGUUUCAUGGAACACUUUGAUUUCUGGCUAUGUCCACGCUGGCCAGUUUCGAAGAGCGUUGUCGAUUUUUACAGGCUUAGAAAGGUCCCACAUUUGUGCUGACGCAUUCUCGUUCACGUCUGCUUUGGGUGCUUGUGCCCAACUGAGUCUUUUGAAACUGGGAAGCUCAAUUCAUUCCAAGAUAGUGAAAUUGGGCAUGGCUAAUGGUACUGUUGUUGCAAACAGCUUGAUUGACAUGUAUGGGAAAUGCGGGGUUGUCGAACAUGCUGUCCGGGUAUUCUCUGAGAUCAUUGACAAGGACGUUAUUUCUUGGAAUUCAGUCAUAGCAGCAAGUGCUAACAACGGCAACAUUGAACUUGCAUACAAGUUUUUGCACCUCAUGCCAAACCCUGAUACUAUUUCCUAUAAUGGGCUGAUAAAUGGCAUUGCUCAGGCGGGGAAUAUAGAACAUGCUAUUCAGAUUCUAUCAACUAUGCCAAGUCCAAAUUCAUCUUCUUGGAAUUCCAUAAUUACAGGUUUAGUGAAUAGGAAUCGAGCUCGGGAAGCUUGGGAUAUGUUCAGUAAAAUGCACUCAAGAAAGGUACAGAUGGAUGAGUUCACAUUUUCUAUCAUUUUAGAUGGAAUUGCUGGUCUGUCGGCCUUCACGCGGGGGAUGCUGAUUCAUUGCUGCACAAUAAAGUGUGGUGUUUAUGCAUCUGUAGUUGUUGGGAGCGCCCUAAUCGAUAUGUACUCAAAAUGUGGGCAGGUGAAGAAUGCCGAAUCAAUCUUCCAUGCACUGCCUAACAAAAAUCUGGUAAGCUGGAAUGCAAUGAUAUCUGGCCAUGCUCGCAAUGGUGAUUUUGCACAAGUUACCAACCUCUUCGAAUUGCUGAAAAUGGAAAGAGAUACAAAACCUGAUGGUAUCACAUUUCUUAACCUUAUAUCAGCAUGUUCCCAUAACCAAAUACCAUUUGAGGUUGCUGUUCAUUACUUUAAAUCUAUGAUCAAUGAACACGGGAUUGCACCAUCCAUUGAGCAUUGUUGUUCAAUGAUAAGGCUGAUGGGGCAAAAAGGAGAGUUGUGGAGAGCAGAAAGUAUGAUACAUGAAUUUGGUUUUGAAUCAUAUGGAGUGGUUUGGAGGGCUUUGCUUGGUGCUUGUGGAACUCAGGCAGAUUUACAAGUAGCGGAGAUUGCAGCUGCUAAGGUGAUUGAAUUAGAUAGGAAUGAAGAUUAUGUUUAUGUGAUGAUGUCUAAUAUGUAUGCAUCUUUUGGAAGAUGGGAAGAUGUGAAUGUAAUUAGGGGCCUAAUGAGUACGAAACGAGUGAGGAAAGAAGCAGGUUCUAGUUGGAUAGAUAUAAGAGAGUUUUGUACCACAUGA